GCCGGUCGAUCGUGUCUGCAACUGCUUCUCCGCGACCGCUGCGUCCUCGGCGCGUCUGGUCUCUGCUCGCCGUCUGGUCUGCUGCACGCGUGGGCUCCCUUACAAGAUGAAUAUCUCGCGGUCCUAUCCGACGACGGUGACCAGCAUCUCCUUCUCGUUCCUGACCACCGAGGACGUGCGACGCAUCUCGGUCAAGCAAAUCGUCAACCCCGUGCUUCUCGAUGAUCUCAACCGGCCAAACAUUGGUGGUCUUUAUGAUCCUGCGCUUGGGCCCAGCGACAAGCAGGACAUCUGUUCAACAUGUCACCUCACCUACUUCACUUGCCCGGGCCAUUUCGGACACAUCGAGCUUCCUGCACCCGUCUUUCAUCCGCUUUUUAUGGCAAACAUGUACCAUCUGCUCCGUGGGUGUUGCUUGUUCUGCCAUAGGUUCAAGGUGUCCCGGAAAGUUCUCUGUAAAUACGCAGCCAAGCUCCGACUGCUGGAACAUGGACUACUCAUAGCCGCGCAGACGCUUGACGAUAUUCACGUCGCGACCAAAUCCAGCCGUAAGGCGAAGGACAUCCCGGGAGAGGAAGAAGAUAAUGUGGAGAGCGACCAUGCUUUCGAGCAAAGGAUCAACACAUAUGUGGCUGUCCACCUUGCGACUGCGUCGGGUAGCAAGCGCGACUCGUACAAGGACGGUCUCGUAUACCAGGCACGCAAGGAUCUCAUAGACGAGUUCCUCAAAGCUACCAUGCUCAAGAAGUGCCAAAACCCCAAUUGCGGAGCUUUUGCCUACACCUUCCGGAAGGAGGGGUACACCAAAAUCAUCGAGUACGACCUUACGACCAAGCACAAGCAGCAGCAUGCCUUCCUGCGCUUGACGCGACCAAACGUAUUACUCGAUCAACAGAAGGGAAAAGCAGCAGCCCAUCGGCGGCAGCCGCAGCCGCGGAGUGCGAGUCCUGACGGCAGUUCGUCUGAAGAGUCGGAACCUGAACAGGAACCCGAGGGUGAGGAUGUUCUUUCCGAUGCCGACGAAGACCAAAAUAUGGACGAUGUCCAUGCUGGCACCGCAAAGUCAGCAAGUGGGAAGGCGAAGUCCAAGCGGGGACGCAACGAGCGUGUCAUGCCUGCCGAGGAGUGUCGCGCGCACCUGCGCCGCCUGUUUGCGAACGAGCCCGUCAUAUGCUCCCUGCUCUACGGGCGGCACGGCCCCUUCGCCCCCAUGACUGUCAACAAGCUCUCGCUCGCGAAUGCGGACAUGUUCUUCCUCGAGGUCCUCCCCGUCAGCCCGACGCGCUUCCGGCCACCAGCGAAGAUGGCGGACAUACUGUUCGAACACCCGCAAAACGAGCUGUUAGCUAAGGUACUGAACACGUCGUACAGGCUGAGGGACCUCACAGAGAGCCUGAAGAAGGCGAGCGUGAAGAGCCCGGAGAACGACGUCGACGAGACUGCGCAGCGGAGGAUACUGCAGAGUCUGCUUGAUACGCUUAUUCAGCUGCAGGUAGACGUGAACAGCUUCAUCGACAGUAGCAAGAACCCUGCGCCCGUGAGACAGGGUAAGCUACCUCCGGCCGGUGUCAAGCAAGGCCUGGAGAAGAAAGAGGGGUUGUUCCGCAAGCACAUGAUGGGUAAGCGAGUCAACUACGCUGCUCGUUCAGUCAUCUCCCCCGACGUCAACAUCGAGCCUAAUGAGAUCGGCAUCCCUCCGGUGUUUGCGCGUAAACUUACUUUCCCGGAGCCUGUCACGCCUGUGAACUUCCAUGAGCUCCGACAGCUGGUCAUUACUGGUCCGCAUGGAUACCCCGGCGCAACUAUGGUUGAAUACGAGGAUGGACAUCUACAGUUCCUUGAUAAAUUGAGUGUUGAACAGCGCACCGCCAUCGCGAACCAACUUCUAACGCCGCAGGAGGGUAAUCAUGGAUCCACGAGUCGUACCGGACUGUUCACGCGUACGCCGGCCGUCAACAAGAAAGUGUAUCGCCAUUUGCGCGACGGAGAUAUGCUGAUUCUCAACCGACAACCAACUCUGCACAAACCUAGUAUGAUGUGUCACAAGGCUAGGGUGUUGCACGGGGAGAAGACGAUCCGGAUGCAUUACGCGAACUGUAAUUCCUACAACGCCGAUUUCGAUGGCGAUGAGAUGAACAUCCACUUCCCUCAAAAUCAGGUAGCCCGCGCAGAGGCGUCUGGCAUCGCCAACACGGAUAAUCAGUAUCUUGUACCGACGUCCGGCAAGCCACUGCGAGGGCUGAUCCAGGACCAUGUCGUUGCCGGCGUGUGGAUGACUGCGCAGGAUACAUUCUUCAGUCGUGAGGAAUACUUCCAGCUGCUCUAUGGCGCGAUCCGCCCGGAAGGCAGCGCCGGCCACAUCAGUGGCCGUUUGGUAACCGUUCCUCCAGCCAUUUGGAAGCCAAAGCCGCUUUGGACGGGCAAGCAAAUCAUAUCCACUGUGCUAAAGAACGUCACCCCGUCAGACUACGAAGGUCUUAACCUACACGCAUCUGCCAAGGUCCCGGGUCAUCUCUGGGGGAAGGAUUCCCAGGAAGACAAGGUCAUCUUCAUGGACGGCGAGCUGCUCUGCGGUGUCCUGGACAAGUCCGCUUUUGGUGCCUCCGAUUACGGCAUGGUCCACUCCGUGUACGAGCUGUACGGAGCUGAUGUCGCCGGUACCCUACUUGGCGUAUUGAGCCGUCUGUUCACGAAGUUCCUCCAGCAUCGAGCUUUCACAUGCCGUAUGGAUGACCUCGCCCUCACGCCGGACGGUAACGCCCGCCGUGCGGAUAUCAUUCGGAAGGGCGCGACGCUCGGGACAGAGGGCGCGAUGGACAAUUUCCCCUCGUUGGCCGACGCCUCAGCAGAGGAGAAACCUACCAUCCUUCGCUCUUUGCUCGAGGACGUGCUGAGAGAUGACAGCAAGAUGGCAGGCCUGGAUAUGUCCGUAAAGGGCAAGCUGAACAAGCUCACCAAAUCCAUCGCGGACGCGGUCAUGCCUCAUGGUCUACUCCGGCAAUUCCCCCACAACCAUAUGCAAGCGAUGACACUUUCGGGAGCCAAAGGGAGCGCGGUCAACGCGCAGCAGAUUUCCUGCGCGCUGGGCCAGCAGGAGCUCGAAGGCCGCCGCGUGCCUGUUAUGGUCAGCGGCAAGACCCUCCCAUCGUUCAAGCCGUUCGAGACGAAGGCCAUCGCCGGUGGCUACGUUGCGAGUCGCUUCUUGACGGGCGUGAAACCGCAGGAAUUCUUCUUCCAUUGUAUGGCUGGGCGAGAGGGUCUUAUCGACACUGCGGUCAAGACAUCGCGAUCGGGGUACUUGCAGCGCUGUCUCAUCAAACAUCUGGAGGGCAUCCGCAUCCACUACGACAACACCGUACGAGGCAGUGACUCUUCCAUCUACCAGUUCCACUACGGUGGAGACGCGCUGGAUGUCACGAAACAGAAACACUUGCUUCAAUUUGAAUUCAUCGCGCGGAACCGGCAGACUUUCGUCCAACGCUACAAGCCCAAGGAGCUACAGGAGUAUGUCUCUGAGGAGGCCGAGGCUUACAUGAAGAAGGUGCUCAAGUGUAAAGAUCGAACGCAGCGCGAUAAGUACAAGCCGGCGCUCUCCAUAUACAACCCCACUCGGUACCUCGGUAGUACGUCCGAGAAAUUCGCCGAGAAGGUUGAAGAGUACGCGAAGAAGAACCCUCACGAAUUGCUCAAGAAGAAGGAUAAGGAUGAAGCUCUGCCGAUCCGUCGUCGCAAGACGCCGCUCAGUGUGAAACACUUCAAGUUGCUGAUGAAGGUGAAGUACAUGCGCAGCUUGGUCGAACCUGGAGAAGCAGUGGGUCUACUCGCCUCACAAGGAGUUGGCGAACCUUCCACUCAGAUGACGCUCAAUACUUUCCAUUUCGCUGGUCAUGGUGCCGCGAAUGUCACCCUUGGUAUUCCGCGUCUCCGUGAAAUUGUGAUGACGGCAUCCCAGAAACCGAAAACUCCUUCGAUGACGAUGAAAGUCCGUGCAGAUGUCCCUCCCUCGGACAUAGAUAUGUUCUGCAAGAAGGCCACUCGAUUAGCACUCUCUCACGUAGUCGACAGAGUGGUUGUCAAGGAACGCCUGGCAGUCAACGGUAGUGCUCGAAGCAAAGACUUCACCAUCGAAUUGGCCUUCUACCCUGAGGCUCAGUACCAGGCGGAAUAUGACGUCGAGCCGUCGGAGAUAUUGAUGUCCUUUGGCACGAAGUUCCCUCUCCUACUGAAGAAGGAGCUGCAGGCGGAGAUGAAGAAGCUUGAUGCAGACCUGAAGAACCAGAUGAAGGAACUUGGGAAAGGCACUGCAGUCCGCGACACCGCUCCUUCCGGUCAAGGAGAGGCGGGAGAGGAAGACGCAGAUGAGACUGGCAAUCGCCGGGCGCGCAAGGACGAUGAUGAGGCCAGUGAAGUAGGAGACGGGGACGCUACAGCUGCUAAAAGGCAACGGCAAGCAAAAGAGCAAGCCACGUAUGAGGAUGAUGAGGACGAUGACGAAGAAGCUGUCGCUCUGGGCGAAUACGAUGACGCUGAUAUUGAGGCAGCAUUCGCCUCAGCCGGAGAGGAUGAUGACGAAGACUCGGACGUGGACGAAGACAUGGAACAGGCACAGGCCCGGAGGCGUCUCGGAGACGAGGUUGCAAAGGUCGAGGAAUUGUUCAUGGCGAACAUGCCGAGCGCCACGUCCUUCUCCUUCAACGGCGCUAGCUGCGCCAUUGGACUACAGUUCGGCUCCUCAAUGCCAAAACUUCUCCUUGUCGGGAUAGUGGAAAGAACUUGCGUCAAGACAGUAAUACGUGAGAUCCCCGGCAUUACUGACUGCUUCAAGUCCAAAGACGACACACCGGAGGAGGGCUCUGUCUACACCCUGACAACCAACGGAUCGAACAUCCCCGGACUGUGGCGUUUUGCCUGCGCGGAGCCGGCCCCGAUGAUCGAAGAAGACGGAAUUUACUCGAACGAUAUCUAUGCUAUCUUGUGCGCAUAUGGCGUGGAGGCGGCUAGGGCUGUCAUACUUCGCGAGAUUGGCGGAGUGUUCGCCGUGUACAAGAUUGACGUUGAUCAACGCCACCUAGAGCUCAUCGCUGAUUAUAUGACGUUUGAGGGCGGGUACAAGCCUUUCAAUCGCAAAGGCAUCUCAACUAGCCCUUCGCCUUUGCUCAAAGCGUCUUAUGAAACAACCGCUGCAUUCUUGUCCGAUGCCACUCUGCAUGGUGACUUCGAUGACUUAACAACGCCGUCUGGCAAUAUCGUAAUGGGACGACUCAACCUCACAGGGACAGGGGUGUUUGAUGUUGUGAUGCCUGUGAACCCAGGUAGCGUCUAAGGGUGUAUUGUACACGUAUGUAGCUGUAGAUCUGUACCGCAAUGCAAAAGUAGAGUAAUACGAUUUGAUGACCCCUGUAUCCAUGGUACGAACGCCCAUAAGUAGUACUUGG